AUGCCCGGAAAACCCCAUUACGGCGAUGUCGACUUUCUCGUCUCCGGCUUCCUGCCCGAGCCUCCUGGCACGUCCUUGAACUGGCGGCGCAAGGUCGCAAGCAGUAGAGACGCGCUAGGCACCCGGCACGUCCCUCACCCGAAUGGCGAACACUGGAUCCAGAUCGACAUCAAGUGGGCUGAAGAUGCUGGGCUCCUCGAUCAAGCCACUCGGCUUGAAGAUCAGCCCGACGGGUUUCCACAUCCGCGUAGAAGAAAUGGAGGCAACCAAUUCCCUGGGAGUUUGGUUUUCGCUACGAAGCAACCUACGGACGCGCUCAGGAUCUUAGGGCUGGACACACGCUUCUUGCUUGCGUGUUUCGCUGCUACGGAAGAAACAUGUCUCGACGAGGGCAAGCAUCGCGGCCAUCUCGAGGACCGCUCUGGGCCGUGGUUGGCUUUCGUCUUCGAGUGGUUACCGCAGCGUAUCCCGAAUAUCGUCUUCCUGACCAAGAAAUCCCACUUCACAGGUGGCGCAAGCAGACGAGGGUUGCCAUGCGCGAGAAAGUUUUCACGCUGUUCUCAGCAAUCACUAAAGAGUACUAUACGAAGCUUGCGAAUCAUUGAAACAAUUGAGGAACAUCGUCUCCAGCAGCUACUCAUGGAGGCUAUCUCCGAAGGACAAGAUGGCUGGAGCGACGAGAUCCCUCUACAUACCAUAGUGGUCCAAGGCGCAGCCUCAGGGACACCGCCACUAAUGCCAGUUGUUCCAGCUCAAGGAGAUACCGCGUGCGCUUCGGACCCUCCCAGCUUGAUGUUCGACGCUUCGAGCGACCUCAUUUUCUCGCGUCCAGUAACACCUCCGCAUACACCGCCUACCUGUGUCACGGACAUCAAGCCUUCGACCCCAACGACCGCUUCCCCAAUAGAAGAUCUCCGAUCAGUCCUCUUGACGCCCAUCCACACACAGCACCUCCCUCGCGAUCCGCCUCUCUUCUUUGUAGCUCGCCCACCUGCCAAUAACAUGUCGCCCGCCGCAAAACUCGACUGCCUCGCCAUGUAG